AUGAAGUCGUUCGCCGCCGUCGCCAUCCUCGCCGGCCUCGCCGCCGCGUACCCCGGAGAAGUGCUGCGCAAGCGUGCCCUGACGGCACGGGAUAGCGGUUGCCCUCGCGACUUGGAAGCCGGCCAAUUCGAGUUCCCUCACUACAUCACCCAGAUCUCCAAGUCGGAGCCCGACAAGAAGUUCGGACCUCAGUACAACGGCGUCUUCACGCCCAAUGACAUCGGCUCCAUCUUCAGCUUCGACGUGCCCAUCGAGCGGGCCGACGCCAACUGCACCCUCGAGUUCAUCUUCCCGGCUCUGUCGCAGCUGAAGACCUCGACCUUCGAGUACGAGGGCGCCGGCAGCUUCUUCUUCACCGGCUACAACCCAGGCAGCUGCCCCGGUCCCGACACCACCUGGAACAACCAGCCCGCUCCCGGUCCCUUCCCGCCCUUCCCGGCCGUUCACAUGGAACCCGGCAACGCCUACACCAUCGACGUCGGCCCAUGCUUCGUCGGUGCCGGUUCGUGCGUGGCGGGCCUGACCACGACCAACGACACCAACUUCUGGUUCUUCCAAGAUCAAGAUGAAUGCCCCAUCGGCAUCUACACUGCGUACGAGUACGGGCUGCCAACCCCUGCUGGUGGCUUCGGGAAAUAA